AUGCAGGUAGGGUCGGAGCAUGCGAGCAAGAAGAAGGAGCAGGAGACUGCACUGAGGCACGUGGUGCUGCGGCCGACCGCUGCAUGUGGCGUCGAGUUGACUUACGUUGACCUGUCUGAUGUGGACGUGCAGCGAGUGGCACGAGAGGCGGUGGCCAGUGAGAAUGAGAGGCGGGCGAGUGCACUGCAGUUGAUCUCUGUGUCGCAGGCACUGCCGGGAUACGGAGAGUACACACUCACACUGCUACCUGCUUAUGAGAGCACCCGCACGGCAGCAGAUGAGAGCACCCGCAUGGCAGCAGAUGAGAGCACCCGCAUGGCAGCUCACUAG